UAAAUGCGCGCGCACUCUGAGCUUUCAUUCAUAAAUACGAUGAAAAACCUGGAAAAACAGCUAAUAAUCAACGAAUAAUUGUCUACACACAAUGAAUUUGUGAUUGAAGUGGAAAAAGGUGUGGACGAACCGGUGGGUCCGGAGAGACUUGUUUUUUCGUGAUAACAAUCACUGGCAUUGGAAUAUAAAACAAUGGAUGACCAGGAUGGGAGCAACAAUAACCUCUCGAUGAGAGAGGCACUAAUUACCACAGCUAUGAAGUUUCUUCAGAAUCCAAAGGUAUCGUCUAGUCCCUUGAAGCAGAGACAGGAUUUUUUGAGAAGAAAGGGUCUCUCCGAGGAUGAAAUCAGGAAGGCCUGUGAUCUGGCAGGUGUCGCAGAAGUCAAUGACUUCACGAGUGUUCUCAUCCCCCAGAAUUAUGUGUACCAAGGACACGACUAUCAGGUGAUGCAACCCACGCUCUUCCACAGGAUCAGAGAAUACUUCAAUACUGCUGCACUAAUCGGUGCGACUUUCUACUGCAUUUACUGGUUUUACAAGAAAUUCAUCCAGCCCCUGUUAUUCGGUCGCAAGAAGGACUCGAUAAAAGACACAGUGGAGGACCUGGACAAAACUGUGAAGGACUCCCUCAGGGAAAUGAAGGAAUCCAUUUCUAAGGUCGAGAGCAGUGUGAAGAAGAUGUCCCAGCACCAAACCCCAGAUGCAACGAUUCCACACCUUGUUCAGGAGUUGAAGCAGGAUUUGGCUAGUCUCAAGGGUCUUCUGCUUUCUAGGAAACAAUUCCCCAGUGCUCCACUUUUCAUCCCACCCUGGCAGCUCGAGGCCUCGACCCAGAGUCGAGAGAAGGCUGCAGAACGGGAGGACGACGGUGGUAGUGGCAGUAGCACCAACAACUCUGACAGCUCCCUCGAGAUGAUUCGAGAAGACCCUCCAAAGUAGAUUUUAAUUUAUUGCAAGGGGUUCAGGUAAAAGUGAUGGCAUGCUUUGGGAAAAUCAAGUUGAUUAGGUUUUUUCAAAAUUAUCUCAGAGGUAAAAGGUUCAAGAGACAGGAGUAGAGGACUUUUUACUGGGACAUUGAGUUGAUUCUAUCAUCUGUCACCACUGAAUUCGAUUUCCACUUUAGUCACGGCUCUGUGUUAUAAUUUUUACAUCAAUCGAGGAUUGCCAUGAAUUUUAUACUAUAAUUUAGACUUUUUUUUGUAUAUAAUACGGUGAGAGGAAUAUUGAUAUGCUCAAUGUGGAUUCUUUGGCGAAUUUUUUUCUCCCACAAAAACUAUCGACGAUAUUCGUUAUUAUUGAAUAAAUAAUUGAGUAUUUUUA